CAUUGUGUAUAACGGAGAAGGGAGGGCGACUGCUCAGAACCUCGCCUUCACUCUUACUUUCCUCCUCUCGCUCCUCUUUUUAUUUUCUCCUCGUCUCCUGACGUCUGCGGCGAGUCGUGCUGCUCACAGGACAAACCCGACAGAACGCUUUCUGAGUGAGAGGAGAAGAUGACGUCCCGCCUGGUUUCUCUGGUCGCUCUGCUCUCUCUGUGGUUCUGUGUGUGUCACGCCACUCCUCUGUUCUAUAACAUAUCUAUGGACGGCAGCGGAGAUGAACCAGAGCUGGAACUUCUUUUUCCCACCACUCGAGCCCCGGUUCACAUCUCUGCUGCUACUGAAGCCCCCAGCUUCACCAACAGCAUCACCACCACCAUGAUCCGCCUGAAGGACUUCGUCCUGACUCGAGUCGUGGAUUUCCUGCAGGAGCACCUGCUCAUCAUCAUCGUGGUCACCUCCCUGCUCAUUGUCAUGGUCUUCAUCAUCUGCUGCGCCUCGGCCAUGAGUCACAAACGCAAACUGGAGGCCUACAAACCCCCUCCUAAUCCCCCCAAGAAGCACGCGGCUGAGAAAAAAAACGUGCGCAAGAAUUCAGAGGACAUCCAGGAGAGGCCGUACGCCGUCGACCACGUCAAGAGGGUCCACGCUCAGAGCUCCCCGAGGCACUUCCGCCAGCCCUCCAAGGCUCUGGUGGGAGAGAAGGGGAGAGACGUCAAGUCGUCUCCUCGCCAGGAGGUGAGAAAGGUCAGAGACGUGGAGCAGGUAGAGAAGAGGAGGGAGGAGCCGAAGCACAAGGAGCCGCCGAAGCAGCGAGAGGAGAGUCCCAGCACCUCCAGUUCCCCGGUCUGCACCUGCCACCUGAAGAAGAGCCAUCACUAGUUCAGGCUCAAGGCUGGGGUUGUUUUUAAGAGCUGACAACGUAAGAGGAAGAUCAGAGAGGCUGCUUAAACUGCACACUAUGAAACAUGUGCAACGAGAUCUCAUUAAAAAUAUCCUUAACACCUGCAAGCAAGGUAUGGAUUAAUGAGGCGAGAACACCUCGAUAAGUUACAUUAAAACAAAUAAACAUGAAAAUAUAAACAUCAACCUGCAGCUUUAAGUAAAGAAAAUAUAAAAACAGCAGAAAAGAAGAAAUGUACGGAAGCCCUAAGAGGACACUGUUUUUUUUGUUUGAGCUUUAAAAAAAAAAGAAUAAAUGGGAAAAAAGUAACAAAAACAAAAUAAAUACCGAACAUUUAGUAUCCACACUUGCAAAAAAAUAGGAUAUUCAAAUGUUUAAAUAUAUAAAACAAUAAGUUUUCUUAUGUUUUGAUGGAGUGAAAUUGUUGUGAAUGCCUGCCGAGACAGAGGAAUCCCCUCAGUACGUCCUGCUGUAUGUUUAGAGAGAG